GCUGGCAGGGGGUCUGGGGCAGCUGGGUGGGCAGUGCUUUGUGAUGAGGGUGGUUGUCCUAGAGAUGAUAGUGAGAGGCCUCCAGGGGUUCUGCUGACCUGGACCCCUGUAGUGGAAGGAGGGCAGUAGGUGGAAGGGCCCCAGAAGUUGGGAACUGAUCUUGCCAUCUGGUCAGCAGCUUCCCAAAUGAAAAUGAGUGGAACACAAGCGUGUGCCAGGAGUGCUUGGCACCUUCAGCCUUGGCCCAGGCCAAGAGCAAAGGCCCCACCAUAGUUGAAAGAUGCCUUCUCUGUACUGUUUCUCUACUACGUGAGGGAUCUUCUGGAAUCUUCCAUCCUGAUAAACUUGUUAAACUCUGACUUAUCCAUCAUAUAGAGACUAAACCUGAAAGGGUACAUUGGGGAAUUUCUUCUCUGCCUGUAACCUCUUAAACUCCCACCAUCUGGUUCUGUGCUCUGAUUUCUCAUGAAGGAAGUUUCCAGGAGGCCUGGCUAACUGGAAAGACUGCCCAGCCCAGGUCCUGAGGCUGGAGCUGGCGGGUGGAAACCGAGCCAUUGUUUCCUACCUACAGGAUGUCCUUCUUCCCCAAACAGCCAAGGGAACAGGAAGGAGGGGGAGGACCACAGGGGAACAGGAACCAUGAAGGGAGGAGGGAGAGAUAAGUUCUGCAGCUCUGCCUGCACAGGCCCUGGCCCCCACGCAAAGCCCCUGUAGCUAGAAUGGGUAUGGGGCCUGGGCCUUCAGAUCCCACUGGUCACAUGGGCCUAGAGCACGAUAGGACUUCUCUCAGCUAGGGCUUCCAGGGACAAAGGGAUAAUGGGAGAAAGCAUCACUCAUUGCCCUGUGACGAGGUGAGGCAAGAACACUUCCUGACUGGAUUCAAUGAGCUCUGGCAGCCAUUGCUCCCUCCCCCAACACACAGGUGUGUGUGGGUUGGGGGCAGCAUUUGCUGCUUCACCAUCCUGAGGCUGCAGGUCACAUCUGCAGGUGAAAGAGUGUCAUGAACCCUCACAAGAUGCCCAGGUUCUCCUCUGCUUCUCACCAUGACUGCAGCGCUGCUUCUCCACCUGCCACAGCCCAUCUCAACUUUGUGGACAUCCCUGUGGUGGGUGGCAGCAGCCUUGAAGGCCACUAGCCCACUGUGGUCACUUUGCUCCCAAGAUCUGCAGGUUAUACAUUAGCUUCCUGGAGGUAAUGUCAGAUGAAAAGCAAAGCAUGUCAUUUUCGGGGGGACUGAAAGUGAAUGAAAAUGAGUACUAUCUGGCUUGUGGUCCUCAUGUAAAACAAAAGUUAUAGUUACAUAAGAAAACUACUUACAAGCUAACUCUAGCUUAUAAAGUCCUUCACCAUGGUAUAGCUGCCAGUAAAUAAAAGCAGGAGCCGUGGCCCCCUCUGCUGUGUGCCCUGGCUGGUGUAAACACAUGAACUUUCCUUGGCAGUGCUCUCGCAGACCCUGGGGGAAGCCACCCUUGCACGUGAGCGCCAGGAAUCUAAACAGUGCUGCUCCACGUGACGUUUCCAGGAAGGCUCUUCCUGCCCCACUUCUGGCAGUGGGAGUCAGCAGGCUAGGCAGAUGCAGUCUCCACUCUGGUGCACAGGGUGCAGCUGUCUGCAGCAUGGACCUUGCUGACACCCACCCUCCUGAGGCUGCUCCCAGUCCCUGUGGACACUGCACAGGCAGACGCUGCCUGGCAAUGUAGGUGGAGGCUGCAGGAACAGCCCUCUUUCUGGUCCUGCAUACAGCUGUACCUUCAAAGGGCUGCUGUCUCUGGGUCUGACGUGAGGGCGGCCAGGAACUUUCUGGUCCGACUUUUGACUGGAUUUACAGAGCCCUAGCAGCCACAGCUUAGUUUCCACAAACGUCUAUUCAGUUUGUUUCCUCAGGGGAGCAGAAUUUGUAACUGAUCUCCUCAGCCAUUCUGAGUAGCAGGACCCUGAGUCUGUGCCAGACCCACCCCCACUCCCUCCAGGACACACUGGGAGCCGGAUGUACACAGGAGGGACUGAGGGGAAAUGCCACUGCUGCCUCGAUGUAAACCAGUCAGCCCUUGGGAGCCUGGACACUUACCAAGCCAAGCGUGAGAGGAUGUGAACACGCUUGAUCUGGGAGCACCAGCCCGUCCAAGCAUGACCUCUCAUUUCUUGAAACCGACUGUAAACAGUGGUGGGGAGGGGCAGCUCUGCUGCCAAGGGAGGCAAGAGGCGCGUGAGUAAUUUGCUGGAGGAAAACAAGUGUGGCGUCUCCUGGCACGAGCCUGCAGCAGCCUCACACACACACCCGCACCCAUGCCUUCUGGCUGCAGUUGAAGGGGCUGGUGGGCUUUCAGAGGCACAGGACAGUCCCUCUGCUCUGCAGUGGUGUGUUGGCUCUGCCAUGCUGCCCGAGUACAGCAUUUGCAGUCUGUGGCCUCACAGAAUGUGGGAUGCAAAGUAAAGAGCUGCGGAGUCUGGGUGAGGCUGCCAUGUGGAGCUGCGGCCCACUCAAUGGCACGAUGCAGGGCGAGGAGCAGCUGUGCCAGGACUUGCGCCUAGGGCUCUGGGUCCUCUCUCUGCUCUACCUGGUGGCUGGUGUCCCUGUGGGCCUGGGCUACAACACACUGCUGGUGCUGGUGAACCUGAGCAGCAAGAGCAGUAUGACCAUGCCGGAUGUGUACUUUGUGAACAUGGCUGUGGCAGGCCUAGUGCUCAGCGCCCUGGCUCCUGUGCACCUCCUGGGGCUACCCCACACCAGGUGGGCACUGUGGAGCCUCAGCAGUGAAGCACAUGUGACACUGCUGAUCCUGUUCAACGUGGCCUCCCUAGUGACCAUGUACUCCACUGUCCUGCUCAGCCUCGACUACUACAUCGAGCGGGCCCUGCCACGUACGUACAUGGCCAGCGUGUAUAAUACACGGCAUGUGUGUGGCUUUGUCUGGGGUGGGGCGCUGCUCACCAGCUUUUCCUCCUUGCUCUUCUACAUCUGCAGCCAUGUGUCCUCUCGGGUUGCUGAGUGUGCCAAGAUGCAAAACACAGAGGCUGCUGAUGCCAUCCUGGUGCUCAUUGGGUAUGUGGUGCCAGGCCUGGCUGUGCUGUAUGCCCUGGCACUCAUCUCUCGGAUCCGAAAAGAGGACACGCCCUUGGACCAGGAUAUGGGGAGGCUGGAGCCCUGGGUGCACAGGCUGUUGGUGGCCACUGUGUGUAUGCAGUUCGGGCUCUGGACACCUUACUACCUGAGCCUCCUGGGACACACGGUGCUGGUCUCGAGGGGGAAGCCGGUGGAUGGGCACUACCUAGGGAUCCUGUAUUUUGUUAAAGAUUUGUCCAAAUUCCUGGCCUUCUCCAGUAGCUCUGUGACGCCACUGCUAUACCGACACAUCAACAGAAACUUUCCUAGCAAACUCCGGCGACUGAUAAAGAAAAUGAACUGUGGACUUCGGCAUUGCUCCCCGGAUCCCUCAGGGGUCCAGCCAGUGAUGGCACAAGCCUAGAGAGUGCCAAUGGCAGUAACCGUGCUGGAAGCUUCACUUGCCCCUCACUGGCUGCAGGUCCUGGGAGAUGAGCUGGCUACAAGGAAAAUCAAGUUCAACUGGAUGCGUAGCACUUUGUUACCAGAUGCUUGGCGCUUUCUUCUCAAAGACAGACUGCUGCAAGAACAGCACGGGGCGUAUUUUCUUGAGGUUUUCUGUUUUCCCCCAAAAUGCUCCUCUUAGGCAGGCCAUUCUGGGAAAGCACAGGCCUGUUGUAUGUGGGAAAGGCAGCCUCUUACCACCCCACCUUCUUCAGAAGAUGGUGCAUCUCUGCUCAAGACAUCUCUCAGUCCGUGUCCUCACAGCGAACUGACCUUCAGCCUCUUCGACACCAGGCUUUUUGAAUGAAGUGAUAAAAUUUAAAGCCAGUAUUUAUACUUUGUAUUGCCAUAGUACUUGAUUCCCCCCCCCUUGUUUUAUAGAAAAAUGACAAGUAUUAAGAUGAAGGAAACAGUACAAAGGAGGCAACAUUAUUGCCAUCUGUUAGCCUGGGUUGAGGAAGGCACAUGGCAUGGUGUACAGCUGCAUGGAGUUGUGGUGGCCCGUGUGUGCUGGCUUUAAUGGGUGUAAAUGACAUGGUAGUUCCUUACCACCAUGCAUCCUUGCUGCCCUGCCCCUACAGACAGCACCAGCUCAUCUCCUUCAGUACUGACCUGUCCCUCUAAACCUCUUUCCCAGAGUGCACACAAACUAAGGAAUACACAUGAGGUCAGGAAGGAGGGAUUCCUAAUUUACUACCUAAACAUGAGCGACAGGAGGAGGACACGAUGGUAUGAAGCUAGUUCCCCAAGGUGUCCAGGGUCUGGCAUCCACGGUGGUAAGGUGGCCUGUGCACAGCUGCACCAAGGUGUCAGCAGUGGGUCAGCACAAGUGAGGCACUUACCUGCUGCCCUAGUCCUGCUUUUACCAACCUUCAUCCCUCAACACCACCCACGUCCUCCACUCCAGUUCUGCAGGAUUUAAUUAUAGGCCCACAGUCCCAAAUCCCCAAUUCUGAAACCCAGGCAGCUCUGUAUGUAGGAAGACUUUCCCCCAAGUGACCACCAGAAGUGAUGUAAGGAACCUCCAGCAUGCUGCCCUCCUUCUGCAGCAUGGCUACUGUGAUGGGUGUUCCCAGACCUGGUGUCUCUAACACAUGACAUGCAGGCCUGUGGCUGGCUUCAGAACACACCUGUGUGCGGUGCAGUACAGUGUGACCCUGCAUUCUGGCCUGUUUAUGAUUAGUGCCUUAAGCGCUAGUCCUAGUCUUUUGGGAAAUUCAGCCAUGAGUUACCUUGCUUUAGUUGUAUUUAUUGUACACCAACAGUGUCUCCUCAAAUCCUCAAAUUGUGAUGUACCUGAGUUACUUUUUCUUUGUGAAAUAUGAAAAUACACUGGAUGCCCUGGCUUUGGGUCCAAGUCUGCCCCUAGCAGCUGUGAUAUGUUUGGUGAGCUCCAUGGGGCCCAGUUCCUUAUCCAUAAGCAGUGGGGCUGAAGUGGAGAAUGGUUCUGAGUUGCUUUUCACUGUGAAGUUUUUGUUUAGGUAUGCCAGGCUCUUAUUCAAGUCUUUAAGGGUGCAAGCCUGUCUUUCCUUCCCUUCUCAUGCGCAGAGUUUGAGGAGGUCUACUGCUCACAGAAAUAGCCAUUAGUUUUGUUUGCUGAGGAAGUGAUAACCCCAACCCUCAGAUUCCAGCCCAGCCCUGCCCUGCAUAGGUAGCUGGUUGGUGUUUACUUGUCUAUAACUUUUUUUUUUUUUUUUUUUUUUUUUUUUUGGUACUGAGGAUCAAAGUCAUGAUCUUGUGCUUUCCAGGCAGGUGCUUGUGCCGCUGAGCUAAACCCCUAGCUUGUCUAUAAUUCUUUUAUGGGUGAGGUGGCAUAGGGGCCAAGGUCAAGCCAAAAGGCAGUCCGACUUUUCUAGGUAGUAGGGGAAACAGGCUCCAGAUGGGGAGCACUUUUUUGUGGUGGUGGCAUAUGCCUGCAAUCCUAGCAUGGGGGUGGCUGAGGCAGGAGGAUAUUCAUGAAUUCAAGGAUAGCCUGGGCUACACAGUGAGUUAAGGCCAGCCUGAACUACAUAGCGAGAAAAAACAAACAAAAAAGGUAAAGACCUUUUUUUUUCCUGGAUUAUACCUUCUGUACCUUUUGCUCCAGGCAAAGAGGUAUAGGAUGGUAUAGGAGAUAUAGGAUGUCUGUCCUGGGAUUCUUCCACCUAAGCAUUCUUCCCCAAUGCAGUGGCGGGGAAGGAGGAUCACAUGUCCCUUUCAAUUUCUCAGUGGCUCUGAGUGCAAACUGGUUAUGUCAUGUGGGAAACCCACAUGACUGACCCCCACCUGCCCAGAGGGACACAUACAGUAGAUGCCAGUAGUCCGUGUGGGUUGUCCUGGUAAGGCCCAGCCCUCAGCAGGCAGCUAUCUACAGUGUGGGCCCCAGCAGGGGCACAUCCUUCUUCACCUGCACUGGCCGCUGCUGCCACAUUCUCCUCACUGCAUGGUUCAGUUCCUGUCAUUAGACACCUGCUCCUGUGUACUGUGCUAAACUUGGCCUGGAGGAUCCUGUGUGCCUAACCUGUCUCUUGCCCUCUAAAAUAUUCUUCUGCCAUGUUUUCAAGGGGCAGGGGAGGAAAGCACUCAAGCUAUGCAGAGAAUAAGGAGCUCUCUGAAAAAGCCCAAGGGGACCAUGAGCUCAGUGCUCGUCUUGGCACAUGAGCUGACCAUGCAGGUCAAACGUCUAUGAAUUUGUGCUUGAGGGCCACGAGGUUUGCACCAACUAGUUCUUCUUGACUAUUAUUUAACAGUAAUGAUCUUAUUUUUCUUAAUUCACCAGAAAGCUUGCCAUGUUUCAGUAUUUAGUAUUCCAAAAAGUGAGUUUUAUCUUGCAUUUCUUCUUUACCAAGGUUACGUGACUCACUGUAGGAAAGGACCUAUUGCUAAUUGUGGCAGAUACAUCACAAAAUCACCACUGUUCUUUUAUAAAAAAGCAAUUUGCAAAGCAUAAAGCAGAAUAAAUAAGUUAUACUGUGUGUUAAAUUCCUGAAUUUAAAACUAGUUGGAACUUAGAAGCCUUCUGACUUCUGUUCUGUGGUCUCUACCCAAACAGCUGUGCCUGUGGGCCUGAGGUUCUGUGAAUUUGAAAAAGAAGAAACUGCUAGAGGGUCCCACACAUUUUAAGGCUAUUAAGUUAUUUAAUGCUAAUUUCCUAAUUUUUAGAUUCUUAAAAUGUGUCUUUGUACGAGUGUGUGAUACGUAUCAGAAAACCAGCACAGGAAGUACUUUAAAAUUGGUUAUUUUCCCUCAUAACAUGAAUAUCAAGGUUCUUACUUAUUUCUCUAUAGUUUGUCUUUAUUAAAAAUUUAUAUCAAACUAAUAAACCACUAGCCAUUCAGUUCCA